AUGGAUAAGCACCUGAUAACAGGCCCACUGGCCCACCACUCUCACCGCCUUCCCGAUCUCCCACUUGGGAAUGCUUCAUCCGUCAACCUUCCACAGAACAUCUCUGAACCUGCUCCAGACGUCGAUAUGGAGAACGGCCCAUCUUCCGAAGGGAAGGACCCCUCGGUCUUUUUGAGUGAGAUCAUCGGUGCACCCGUGAUCGUGAAGCUGAACUCUGGAGUGGUCUACAAGGGCGAACUUCAAUCCGUUGAUGGCUACAUGAACAUUGCCCUCGAAAAGACAGAGGAAUUCGUCAACGGAAAACUGCGACGAAACUAUGGCGAUGCGUUCAUCCGUGGAAACAAUGUGCUGUACAUCUCCGCCAAUUAA